GUGGUAAAGAAGCCAAAAAUGCAGAUUCAGACGAGGCAGGAGGUUUUGAAGUAGAAUUAUUAUUAUGCAGAGAAGCUAGAUUAGUUAAUGGUUCAAUGAGAACUAUUCAAGACAUUUUGUUUGAAGAAGAUCAAAGUCUAUCUUCACUUCUCAUAGUAGUUUUUAUCAUAUUUGAUAAUUAUACAGAACCUACUAUAA